AUGACCCUGCAGCAGCCACCCCUCGCCUUGAAAGGGGGCUCCCCCCCAGCUCUGUACGUUCACAGCAUGCCUGCCUGGGUGCUGGAAGAUUUCUGCCAGAAGAUGGACUGCUUGAGUGACUAUGACUGGAUGCGAUUCGCCUCCUAUGUGAUAACUGAUCAAACAGAGCUACGGAAAAUCAAGUGCAUGGAGAAGACGGGGAUCAGCAUAACAAGAGAGCUCAUGUGGUGGUGGGGAGUGAGGCUGGCGACGGUGCAGCAGCUCCUGGACCUGCUGCAAGGGCUGCAGCUCUACCGAGCAGCUCAAGUCAUUCUGGACUGGACAUCAGCCUCUAAUAUUGCCAACUCUGAAAAAGAAGAGCUGGUAGAGCCGCCUAAACAGGAGGACAUAUCUUUAACUCCCAUAGAAAACAAAAAUAAAGAGAGAGAAAACGAGAUAAGUGUGUUGCCAUCACCAGACUCCUCACAUCUGGGAGUAUCACCAGCAGGAAUUCCAGGUGCUGUUUCUGAAGGGGCCUUGUAUUCACUUCCUUCUCCACCACCUCCCCCAAGAGACCUUUUGAAAUCCUUACAGUCAAAUCCUCCUGUCUCAUCAAGUGUGAAGCCCUGCAGCUCUUCUACUCCUCAGCAGGAGACAAUGACUGAUCUCCCCAGCGGGAGUCUUUUGUGGACCCAGAGGGAAGUUACUAAUGCCACAAAUGGUUUCAGUGACAAGAGCAGAAUUUGUGAAGGUGCUUUUGCAGAUGUCUACAAAGGUCAGAGGAACAACAUGGUGUAUGUCAUCAAAAGACUGAAAGAGGCAAAAUGUACAAGCCCGAGUUCCACCCAAAGAUUCUUUCACACCGAAGUACAGAUUUGCUUUCGGUGUAGUCACGUCAACAUCUUGCAGCUGCUGGGUUUCUCAGUAGAAACUGGAUUGCACUGUCUGAUAUAUCCAUAUCUGUCUAAUGGAUCGCUACAAAACAAACUGCAGUGUCAAGAUGAUUCUGCUCCACUGACCUGGGAGAUGCGAAUCAGCAUUUCUAUAGGGCUCAUCCGAGCCAUAAAGUAUUUACAUAAUUUUGGAAUUCUUCAUGGGAAUAUCAAAAGCUCAAAUGUCUUGUUGGACGAAAACUUUACGCCAAAGCUUGGACAUUCAGGUCUGCGACUGUAUUCUGCAGAUAAAAAAUCAGAAUAUGCUAUGAUGAAAACCAAAGUCCUACAAGCUUCCCUUACUUAUCUGCCGGAAGAUUUUAUCAGACGUGGGCAGUUAACAGAAAAAGUUGAUCUAUUCAGCGGUGGUGUGGUCUUAGCAGAGAUGCUGACAGGGAUUAAGGCACUGGAUGAAGGAAGACACCCUGUUUAUCUGAAAGAUAUGAUUGCUGAUGAAAUUCAAACAGCGAAAGAAAGCUCACACUCCAAAGUAAAAAAUUUUGAAAAGCUAGCUGCCAAGGAAAUCUGCUGUAAAUACCUAGACAGGAAAGCAGGACACUUGCCGGAAGAGGUUGCUAUCGAUUUUGCCUCAGCCAUCUGCCUUUGUCUGAGAAAGAAGAAUUCCAACAUAGCAGAGGUGCUUGAAAUGAUGGAAACGGCUAAAACCAGAUUCAGAGAGCAUUACAUCUGUGGAGGCAGCACCUCUGGAUUCUCCAUGAACACUCCAGAAGAAACUGAUGAUGAGACAACCAGUCUCAGCACGGACGUGCCUUCUUCAGGGAAGAAUGCAGAGCGCAGCGCACAGCCAGUGAUCCUGACGAGCACCGAUCCGUGCACGCCUCUGACAGGAGUUGUGUCACCCGACAUGUACGGCGGGCAGAUGUCACGGGUCCCCUGUGAGUCAGAUGAGUCAAGUAGUUUUAUAUGGAAUCCUCCCGACAGAUCUGCAGACGAGCUAUCUAGCGACAGCUGCCACAAUUCGGAAAAUAGAGCAGCCCCCGAUUACCGGCUCAAGCAGGACAAGCCUGCCAAGGGGCUCCAGGAAAGACAGGCGGCGGGGAUCAGAAGCGCUGACCUCUUGGAAACAGCGUCUACUGCACAGAGCACCUUUCACCAAAAAAACGCAGACCUUGACUCUUCAUGUUCUGCCCAAGCAUUAGCCAGAGAGACAUCUUGGAAAAUAAAGAUAAAUGAUCAAAAAAAGAAGCUCAUGGAAAAUAUUUUGCUGUAUGAAGAAGACAAAUUAAACAGUUCUGAACUUUUUGAAUCAUAA